CACGCAAUGACUGCCUCCCUCCGACGUCGCUGAGCCCAGUCUGGUCUAAUGACAGUCAGUAAAUGUUCAGAGUCCAGAGGAGCAGAGCAGCGACUACAACUCUUUGUUAACUGAGUUACAUCACCCAGGGGACGGAUUCCUCCUCAGACACCAGGAUCAGUUUCGUCCCACAAAGACCUUAGUGAAAGUGUCGUCAAGUCCAAAGACUUCAUCCUCCUCUUUGGAGUCCAGUCCUAUCAGGUUCUGUCCCAUCUGGAUUUUGGCAACAACAUCGACUGAGUCGUCUGUCGUCUGCCCAACUGAGUUCAUUCCAGUUUUCAGUGGAGGCUGGUCCAGCGUCUCAAGCUGGACGGAGGCGAGACGAGCGGGGCCGAGGGCCCGGCCUUCGUGCUGCGACACAGAACUUCAAACCUCAUAGAACACACCACAGAAAGCACGCCUACAGAUCCCAUGAGUCCCCGGGAGAAAGGAGACACGCCCACCUCAGGUUCUUCAACCAGUCACCUCAGUACCGCAGAGUGCCCCGCACACAAUGGGAGUGUCCCAGAGUCCCAGAGUGACAAGGAGAGAAGAAUAAAUGAGGAGGAUGACAGAGGAAGAGAAGGAGGAGAGGAGAAAGAACAGGAAGAGGAUGAGAGGAGCAGCGAUGAAGGUUUCAUGGGGAUGACUCCGCUGCUGCAGGCUCACCAUGCCAUGGAGAGGAUGGAGGAGUUCGUACACAAGGUGUGGGAAGGCCGGUGGCGCGUCAUACCCCACGACGUGCUCCCCGACUGGCUGAAGGACAACGACUUCCUGCUCCACGGCCACAGGCCGCCCAUGCCUUCGUUUCGCGCCUGCUUCAAGAGCAUCUUCAGAAUCCACACAGAGACUGGAAACAUCUGGACACAUCUGCUAGGCUGUUUGUUUUUCCUCUGUCUGGGUCUGAUGUACAUGUUCAGGCCCAACAUGUCAUUUGUGGCUCCAGUCCAGGAGAAGGUGGUGAUCGGGAUGUUCUUCCUGGGAGCCAUCCUCUGCCUCUCCUUCUCCUGGCUCUUCCACACAGUCUACUGCCACUCUGAGGGCGUCUCCAGGGUCUUCUCCAAGCUGGACUACAGUGGUAUCGCCUUCCUGAUCAUGGGCUCCUUUGUCCCUUGGUUGUACUACUCCUUCUACUGCUCCCCUCAGCCUUGUUUCAUCUACCUGAUAGUGGUGUGUAUACUGGGACUGGCCGCCAUCACCGUCUCCCAGUGCGACUUCUUCGCCACACCGCAGUACAGAGGAGUCAGAGCAGGUGUGUUUGUGGGUUUGGGUCUGAGCGGCGUGGUUCCCACCCUGCACUUCGUCAUCAGCGAGGGUCUGAUCAAAGCGACCACCAUCGGUCAGAUGGGCUGGCUGCUGCUGAUGGCGACUCUCUACAUCACCGGAGCCUGCCUGUAUGCCGCUCGCAUCCCCGAGAGGUUCUUCCCCGGCAAGUGUGACAUCUGGUUCCACUCCCACCAGUUGUUCCACAUCUUGGUCGUCGCUGGGGCUUUUGUUCAUUUCCACGGUGUCUCAAACCUGCAGGAGUUUCGCUACACAGCGGGAGCGGGCUGCGCCGAGGACGGCACUCUCUAACACACACACACCCUGACCCACUCACUCACACACACACACACACACACACACAAUUUACAGGGAGGCACUGGUUCCAAUAAUAUGCACAGAAUUACACCAACACACACAUGCUCCUCAAACACGCACACAAAACCUAAGACAUGCGCACACACACACACACACACACACACACACAUACACACACACACACACACACACCACACACACACACAUACACGAUCUCUCCCCAUCAAACUGAAGACCGAAGUGGCUUGUCUGGUGUGUGUCUGUGUGCGUAAUACACAGGAUGGCCUCCCAGGGGGCGCUAUUAAAACUGAUUGAGGAGGGUUUUUGUUCUCUUUCUGUCCCUCUGUCUGUCUGUCCACCUCCUCCUCCUCUGGUUCCCUUGCUAUGACUAUGAAACCACUUCCAAGAUAGCGUGUUUUAUAAAACAGUUUUUGAGACUCUUUCCAGGAAGUAUCUACAUUUGUUUAGGAGGGAGGGGGGAGCCAUUCAAAACCUCCCUUCAGUAAUUCUACAUUUUCUUCUGUGUUGAGUUCUGACAUUUAAUGGUUUGAUUUGAAGAGGAAGCAUAAUUGUGGCUUUCAAAAAGAAAAAAAAAAAAAGACAUUUUGGGGUGUUUUUUUUUCCGAAUGCUGUUUUCCAAGUCACAUUUUAGAGCAUUCAAAUAUGAAAAAAGAAAAAGAAUUGAGUGGAAAAUGUCUUUGGAUUUCUUCCAUGAUUGUUAACGUUGCAGGGGGAGAUAUUGGGGGUGGGUGGGGUUAAUAGUCACUUUUAAAAGUAAAAAAAAAAAAAAGAACCCUUUUCCAUGUAAAUAAGAUUUCUAAAUUUUGGGUUAUAGAUUUGUAUGAAAUAUAUAUGAAAAAAUAACAAAAAAAAGAUGUUAUAUAUGAUGGCAAGAAUAAAUAAAUAUUGUUAGAUGAUAAAUUGAUUCAAGCAGUGAGGUGCAGUGGAGAGAAUAAUAAAUUCAGUGAUUGGAGGGAAGCGCUUCAAUUUCAUUAAGUCUGUAUAUGCAAGGGUGAGAGUUAGAGACGAAGAGGAAAUACAAGGCACAACACCUGAAUCUUAUCAAACAAGCAGCAACUUUAAGACUUGCUUGUAUUUUGUCUCCAGUUGAGGUGGGAAGUGGCAACUUGGAGUCACUUUUUUGACUUGAAAAUGUUAAAAUGUAAAGAAGGAAACAGCAGAACGACUGUCCUCUGCGCACUUUUUUUCAUCACUCUUGUGUUGAAUUUGCAGCUUUGUGUUUAUCAAGCAUCACAGAGUCGGAGCGCUGAUCUAAAAUCAGACCUGGGGCAUCAUGAAUAAAAUGUUCACAUGUGUGCUUAAAACCAAAUAUAAAGUCAAAACUAUGAACUAUAAAAGAAUCAUUUUGAUAUGUAGCCACUUUCAUUUAUCUUAUUGUGAAUUGUCAUAUAUAUCUAAAGAUAUAAUUCCUAUGCUGCCAAUAUACAUUUAUUCUUUUUUAUGACAUGCCCUUUAAUGACUCCGUAAAACACAUCCAGGAUAACUUUAAGACAUUUUUUUAAACAAGGCUCCAGAGUCAUAUGUCAUUUUUGUACUGUAAAUCUGCAGUAUUAAUACAGUACAGACGCAGUUCGUUGUAGUCCUCCUCCUCUGUGACACUUGAUCAGAUUCACCUCCACACAGAAAAAAGGAUACUACACUUUUUUCUCUCUGACUGGAUUGUAUUUUAAUUUAUCCACCACCGUUAUUUUGGUAUUAUUAUUAUUAUUAUUACAAGCUUUAAUUUUACUUUUUUCUUCUCUCUUUGCUCUUUUUAUUUUUCAUCCCUUUUUUGUAUUGCUUAGCCAGAGAUCAUCAUACUUGAGUACCAAGUCUCUCUCACCUUUAAAAUAGCAAAAAAGAAAGAAAGAAAAAAAAUAAAUGAAAUGAUCUGAACAGUUAUCAUAACUGCUACAAGGGCAAUGAACAGCCUCAGAUAUUGAGACUUCACCUGGAGGUCAGUACAAGGUGACCUUUUUAAAAAUAUGUUUUCUGACAAUACCAAAAUCUUGCACCUGCACAAAGGAAACAUGUCUGAGCUUGUCAUAAACUGUUUUUCUGUGAUUGUUUGAAAUUUAGGUUUGCAAGUUUCUGAACAGCAAGUUGAAUUAUUAUUUGAAUGAUCAGCAUCUCUUCUUUGCAUCACACUUUGCUUUGAAGAAGAAGAAGAAAAAUCUUAUUUUCAUCUUCUCUGGUUUUCUCUUCUUUUUCUCAUUUUCUGUUUUUAUUUGAUCUAGUUUAUAUUAAUUUAUUUCUCUUGGGGAGCGCAUAUUGUCUGUUUAAGCACAUGUUCCGUUCUGAUGAGAGUGUUUGAUUGCAAUAGACCUUUAUAUCUGCUGUAUUGUUCUAAUAAAAAGUUUUUUUGAAUCUGUCA